ACGAAAAAAGUGUGCUCGUCGUUCACGCGUUUCUUUACUCGUUUAUUCGUGCUUUAUAGAAAAUCCAAAUUUUCACACUUUAAACUAUAGUUUUAAUAAAAUUUUGUUGUUUAACGUAGAAUUUGAACAGUUAUUAAUAAAAUUUAUUGGUGAUCAGUGCAUAAAAAUAAAGAUUUCACAACGAAAUAGUUUCGCCAAAAAAACUAUUCACUACGUUUAGAAGGCAAGAAAAAAAUUGAAACAUAAGUCGUCGAAAAAAAAGAAAAAAUUGCGAAAGCCAAAUGGUGAUGAGAAAAGAAAUUCGUCCAUAAUUGGCGGCAGCGUGCGUUAGAGUGAGAUAGGUAUAUAUUCGUGUAUAUGCGUGUGUUGAGAACCCAGAGUUCAAACGACAAAGAAGUAGAAAAAAGCAAAAGUUGUGGUCGAAGCACCCGCGACUCUCGAGGCCAGCUAGUUGAUAUUUGCCAUUUUUGUGAUUUACUAAAAAAAUCUAAAUAUCUUAAAAAAAACACUACCAAAUUUUAUUUCUAAAUAAAUCAGUGCUAAAUAUUUCAAGUACAUACAAUUUUAAAAAAAUAUUGAGAAUAAAAAAUAACAAGACGCUAAGCUCUAGGGGGUGCGUGCAUGCAUGCGUCAAUAACAACCUCGUUGCGGUGUAUGGGAAUUAAAAGAGGUGCUUGUGUUUAAAUUUCAACACAAGCGUUGUUAGUAAAAUUUAACAAUUACGAAAAUUUUCACUAGUGUAAAAUGUCGGAAUAUGCACAUGAUGAGAGUAGUCCUCCACGACAUGGAAGUGAUACAAAUCUACAUAACGUCAGUUUGGAAGACGCUGCUAAUAACUCAAUUAUUGGAAAAGUAAAAUCGAGAGUUUCGAGCAUAUUGCCAAAUCGUUUGUCGAAAUGGUUUUCACCAUCUGCAAAAUUACAAAAUGAUUCAUUAAAUGGUAGUAUUUGUGGUCCAAAUACUACAAGCUUGCCAACACGUCGCAGACGUCGUAUUGAAAUCGAAGAAGAAGAAGAUUACGAGGAAGAGGAUGUGCAACGUGGUGGAGAAUAUGAAGAAAAUAAUCAUCGUAUAUACGCUAAGCAGAGACAAAAUCGAAAUCAUGAAGUUGAUGUCGAUGAUGAGAAUGAUGAAGAUGAUGAAAGCCAAAAUAGCGAUGAAGAAUACAAUGGCAACAAUGUGGCUAAACAAACAAGGCGAGAUUUAAAUGUAGAAAGGCAGCCGCCAGCAAAAAGAUCUCGUCUUAAUAUCGACGUUCGUGAUAGUCCAUUAAUUACACGACAUCAACCACUGUUGUCGUCUACUCCAGCUGUGGGUAGCUCAUAUUUACGCAAUUCUGCUACUAGUACAUCAGCUUCGCGAUCUUCUUAUCAACGAUCUACAAAUUUGAACCUUUAUACAAACCAAGCUAAAAAGGAGCCAGCUUUUAACUUUGGCCAGCAAAAGGAAUCAAAACCAUCAACUAAAAUUAGUACCGAUAUCAUUGAUUUGAUAUCAAAUCCUUCUUAUGAACAUGAGGAUAAACUUACAGAACAGCCUAACGUGUAUGGUGGAAGUCGUACUGGAAUAAGUUCUCGCAAAAGUUUAAAUAUACCAUCUUCAAACUCGACAUUAACGGGCGUGGAACGUGUUUAUGCAACUGUCGCUCAUCUUAAACGUCAACCAUUGUCAUCAGCUAAAGCAGAUUUGUCGGUCACUCAUACCUUGGGUGUACCACCCAGACGUACUUCAACUACUAUACACGAAGUACAAGACCAAGAAGAUCAUGAGCAAGAACAGGGUGACGGUAUGGAAAAGGGCGAAGAGGUAUCAGCUGCCAAUACAAAUACUUAUAAUGGUCGCACUGAGGGCUCUAACAACAAAAGACAAAAACUAAUCAAUGGAUCGGGUUUGAAUGCCGCAGCAUUGCCCGAGUCGAAUGAUGCGAUUUUAAUUGAUUCCGCUUCAGAGAGCGGUGAGAGUGCAAUGGAUGUAAUGAAAACGAACUCAUCUAAUAAACAACAACGUAAGACUGGUCUUUUUAAUAUGACAGCUGGCGGAGGAGCUGUAAAUACUCGCAACAGUAGUCGUACUUCUUCAUUCGGAAAUGGUUUGAAUUUCUAUUCCCACCUUGAGGGACGAAAAUCUUUAUUCAGCGGUCCCAAUCAUGGUAGCUCGAAUCCAUUAAAUAAUUCUACAUUAUCUUUAACAUCGCUUAAUCGCCGUCAGUUUAAUGCUUCAAUCUAUGGCAGUACAUCGGCUUUGAGUGACAGUCGAUUGUUAAAUACGUUUUCUCCAUUUUACAAAGGAAAAACAACAUACGGUGGAGCAGCAGCUUAUAAUAAAUAUACAGCUGGUGCAGGCGCCAGUGCAGUGCGUAUAACACCCACAUUAAUAAGACCAACAUCAAGUCUCUCCACAUUAUCAUCGAAUAAUUCAUUGGCUAACAAUGUUAACUCUCAAAUUGGAGACAAUUCAACAAUAUCCUCGACGGCCAAACGUAUAUUGGAUUUGAUUAACGAUUUUUCCACGCCCUUAAGUGAAGCUAAAAAGAUGGCAAGUAGUCUGAAAACUAAUCCAAACUUACAAAUACCACCUCAAGCCAAAGGCCGCUUAAAUGAAAGUGAUCUAAAUGCUUCGAGAGCUAUGCGUUUAUCACAAGUACGAACACCAUAUUCUAGGCCGGCUGUAAUAUUGCAGCCGUCGGGAAAUGCCAGUGGACGUGGUACGCCAGGCGGACUCUUGCCUCCCAUUAAGGAACUGCAAGUUCCAACAAUGUCUCAAUUGUUGCAAAUGAAAAAAAUCCAAAAUACUACCGAAAAAGCUAGAAAAAUUGCUCAAAACUCUGCGGUAAAUACUGAAAAAUCUGAAUACACACUACCGGAAGUGGCAACCACAAAAACAAACACAACAAACAAAGUUUUCGAACAGGAUCAACAGAAACACACAAAUAAAAUAAGAAACAAAGUGACAAAUUCAUUAAGGCCGUCUGCAGCAACAAAAGAUUUGCAGGAUGAAGAGCCACCCCCACCCGUAAUUUUACCCAACAUAGCAUUUCCACUUAUGCAAUCUGUGCCCAAAAUUGAUAUACAAUUGAAUAAGCCUUCUGUUCCCAGCAACACUACAUUUGAUGGUAAAUUUUCAAAAGAAGCUUCAAAUAUGGCAAAAUCAUCCGAUUCAUCUAAACUAAACUCAUUUGUAUUUAAUCCUACACCCGUGAAACCUUUAACACCACAAACAUCAGUUUCAACAACAGACUGCAAAAAUAUACAAUUAUCCCCAACUCAAACAACUUCACUGAAUACCAUUUCUGCUUCAACAGUCAAAACUACAAACACUUUUAAAUUUUCUGAACCUUUACAAAUUGUUGGCGUCUCCACUCCAACACAGAGUGUAACUAAAAAUGACAUAGAUAAAUAUAAAUUUAGCCCCCCACUAGAUGUCAUUGUGCCAAUUACAUCCAAUUCUGGCAAAGUACACAAUACCCAACCGAAACAACCUCAACUUAAAGAGGGAUCUUGCUUAGAUGCUCUUAGUAAACCUUUCAUAUUGCCACCGACAUCACCUAAAACCAAUAUAACCGAUCAAACGUCUUCAAAUAAUGCACCUUUAAGUGCAGCUUCAGGUUUUGGUAAUCAAUUCAUGAAGACUUCUAAUGAAUGGGAAUGUGACGCUUGUAUGAUUCGCAACAAAUCGAAUGUGAAUAAGUGUGUGGCCUGUGAAACUCCACGUUCACAAAAGUCCUCAACAAAUCAGCAACAAUUGAGCUCGUCAUCAUCUUUAACUGCAACAUCUGUCACGUCUUCAUUUGGCCAACAGUUUAAGAAAUCCUCAAAUGAAUGGGAAUGUGACUCAUGUAUGAUACGCAAUAAACAAGAGAGCUCAAAAUGUGUAGCUUGUGAAACACCACGUAAAGGAGGAGCGCCGCAAUCAACCUCCGCACUACCACCUAUUAAAAGUUCAUUUGGCGAUGCUUUCAAACCCAAGUCAGGCACGUGGGAGUGUCAGACAUGUAUGAUUUCAAAUAAAAAUGAGGCGAAUGAGUGCAUAGCUUGUCAAACUAAAAAACCCGGAGCUACGGCUACAACUACGGCUGCAGCAGUUCCAACAACUCAGUUCAAAUUUGGCUUUGCAGCUGCCACCACCACUUCCGGUAUUACAAAUGCAAAUUCUAAUGCAGAUACAGGCUUUAAAACAUUGGCCGCUCAACAAAAAGCCUCGAAAUGGGAGUGUGAUGCUUGUAUGACCCGUAAUGAUGCCAAUCGCACAAAAUGUGCUUGUUGUGAGCAACCUAAACCAGGAACAACAAGUGCAGAACCAACCAACUCAUCUUCAACUAAGUUCCAGUUUGGAGCUACUGCUGCAUCUAAGUUUAGUUUUGGAUUUGGUAACGGAACCAACACACCUAAAGAAGACGAUUUACGAAAGGGACUGGAUGUUAAAACUAUAGAGACCACAAAACCCUCGUCUGUACCGGCACAAGGAGGUUUUCAAUUCGGAAUAAAACCAAUAAGUAGUAGCACGAGUGAAAGUAAAAAGGAUGAAACAGAUGCCAACAAAAAAAUUACUGGAUUUAAGUUUGGUGUGUCACCAUCAGCAAAAACUGAUAGUCCAAAGCCAAUCGAGACACCAGCUGUUUCAUCAGCACCUAGUGGUUUUGUAUUCGGUUCAAAGCCCUCAACAAUAACAGCAACAACUAAGUCAACUCCAUCAUUGUCUUCCGGCAGCGCUGCUAAUACACCAAGUGUGAAAUUCACUAUGCCUCCUACCACUACUUUCACCAGUGUUAGCAAUAACGAUAAACCAACGGGAGUGGCAGCACCUACGUUUGGCCUCGGCUCCAGUACUGCCUCUUCAACAACUGGGGGAUUUUCCUUUGGCAGCAAAACAGAGACUAAGCCAACCACAGCAGUAGUAGAGGAAAAGAAGUCUUUGGACACAUUUGCUUUCAAAACUCCAACAACAAUAUCGGCGUCCACAACUACAAAAAGUUCAGGCUUUGCUUUCGGUUCAUCAGCAAUAAAUAGCAGCUCAACAGCAGCUACAACAACUGUAGUCAGUAGCACUAAUAUCUCGACUACAUCAACAUCAACAACAACUUCUUCAACUAUGACAGCUGCAGUAAAGCCAAUGUUUAGUUUCGGUUCGUCCACAUCAACUACACCAGCUCCAAACUCGCAAGCCACUUCAGGUUUUGGUGGCUUCAGCUUUGGAAGUAAUUCAACAAACAAUGCAGCUACCACAACGACUUCGAACAUAUUAUUUGCAGCUGUUACAUCCACAUCAACCAUAUCUACUACUACGAACGUAACAUCAACAGCAUCCUUGUCAACGUCGUCGACGACAACUACUACACCUGCCUCAACAAAUAUUUUUGGUUCAUUUGGUGGAGGAGGAGGUUCAUCUAAUGCCUCUGCAACACCAGUAUUUGGUUCCUCUGUCAAUCCUCCUGCCAAUAAUAACUUAACUACGGUUAGUUCCUCAACUAAUAACUCAACCUCAGCAAAUACUCCACAAUUCGGAGCAUUUGGAUCUAAAACAACAUCUAAUGUAUUUGGAUCGUUUGGCGGAGUUGGCGGUGUAGGAGGUAACAACAAUAGUGUGUUGGUAAAGCCAAAAGAAACAAAACCAACACUGCCAGUAUUUGGUAGUGUUGCACCCAGCAGCACUUCUCAGUCAUCUCAGUCAAAUUCGAGUGGUUUUGUGUUCGGCUCUAAUGCUGGGAACAAUUCAACACUGGUGACAACAGCUUCUACAACAGGUUCGGUUACAAGUACUAGCACAACAUGGCCUAAAAACAGUUUCGUAUUUGGUUCAACGGCAUCUGCGACAUCGCCAACAAACACUGUUGCAGCGGCCAACUCAAGUGAAACUAAAGAAGUUGCUAAACCAUCCGUAUUCGGUACAUUUGGUUCGUCUAGUUCUAAUACAACUAAUCAGCAGCAAACUUCGUCUAUUUUUGGGGUCCCCGCACCAUCGUCAGCUUCUUCAGGUACAGCAGCGUCAGGACCAACAAAUUCAAGUACAAAUCUAUUUGGCUCUAAUUCAGCACCUGCUGCCACAAGUAUAUUUGGAGCUAAUUCAAGUGGUAAUGCUGCAACCCCGGCUCCAGCAUUUGGAUCAUCGCCAUUUGGCGGCGCUGCUUCAUCAACAAGUGCUACACCAACAUUUGGUAGUACAGCAGCAUCGGGCACCACAACAUUUGGUGGUUUUGGUGCGACAACUAACAAUACCACAACAAACACUACAGAAGUUAAAAAACCAGAGGCCGCUUUUAAUUUUGGUGCAGCACCAGCAUCACAAAACACAAGCGGUGGUUUUAAUUUCGGUUCAUCGACGUCUGCAACAAAACCAGCAUUCAAUUUCGGUAGUACUCAACAAACUACGUUUAAUUUUACUGGAACAGCGGAGCCACAAAAUUCAACGAAACCUUUUCAAUUUGGCGCAACUCCAUCGGCACCAGUUUUCAAUUUUAAUCGUGGUGCUUUAGAGGGCACGCCGAAUGCACCUUUCCAAUUUAAUGCAGGUGCCGCGCCUGUAUCAAGUAAUAUAUUCGCGCCGGCGCCAACCCCAGGAGCCCAAACAGCACAACAGGCAAAACGGAAAAUACGUGCACCGAUAAGACGAGUAACACAACGGUAGAGAACAUUAUAAAAUCAAACGCUUUCAACAGCGUGGACCGAUCACAACAAAAUAAACAUGAACAGACAGGACUAUGCUUAAGACAGAACAUAAAUAGCAGCCGUAUUAAUAAGAAAGAGCUAAAACAUCAAUGCC